AUGGCGGCGGUGACUGCGGCAGGGCGGCGUGUUGCAGCGGCGGUGGGCUCAAUCUGUGCUGUCCUGAGAGGGAUGUUCAUCAUGGCUGCAUCCGCCGGCUCUGGGUUCGCUGAUCUUCACGUGCCUUCCUCCCUCCCCCCCGCCCCACCAGCCGCCCGCUCCCUGAUGCAAAGGACCUCCCCACUUCACACGGGAGCAAGGCGGUGGCGGUGUCGGCGGCUGAGAGAAGGAAUGACAACGGGGCCUAUAGCGCUGCGUGGGCGGCGUGGCACCACUAGCGGUCUGGCACUGCUGGACCAGAGUGUCAGGCGACCUAGCAGCCGCCAGUUACCGCUGAGCCGUGAUCGGGAGAGGUUGCGUCGCGCGGGCCUGAGACUGGUAAGCUGUCCUCACCGUGCCCACUCACUGCUCCUGCCGCUGCGUGACCUGACCCCAGCACCACCACCCGCGCCCCCCACACCACACCGGCGUCUCCUUGGCCUCUUCAUGUGCAGAUAUAACAAUGGUAAUGAGACUCUGGCCGCCACAGACACAUGGGUUGGCAGCGCUGCCAAACCGAUGCUGCAGGUCUUAACUAUCCACGCCCCGCCGCUGCCCGCCCAGAGUGAUGUCCUGAACGCCGACCGAGACAAGAGAGACCGAGACAAGAGAGACCGAGACAAGAGAGACCGAGACAAGAGAGACCGAGACAAGAGAGACCGAGACAAGAGAGACCGAGACAAGAGAGACCGAGACAAGAGAGAGAGAGACCGACAGAGAGAGAGAGAGAGAGACCGACAGAGAGAGGAGAGAGAGAGAGAGAGAGAGAGAGAGAGUAGGAAGAGGAAGAGAAGGAGAAGGGGAAAGAGGAGGAGGAGU